GCCCAUCUCAAGCAAACCUCCUGCUCCUCCUCCCCUCAGUCUUUCACCUCUUACCUCCUGUAGCCGUCUCCCUUUUCUGCAACAGUCUGCCUUGCUUUGUUUGUUGCAUCAUGAUGCGUGUGGGCUGCAUCUUGGGUGUCUCCUUGGUCCUGUGUCUGGGUUUAGGAUGGACGAGGGCUCAGCAGACGAACAGGCCUGUGUUCAACUGUGGAGGAGACUUGGUUGCAGACUCAGGCUUCGUUGGCAGUGAAGGCUUCCCGAGCUACUACAAACCCAACAGCAAAUGCACCUGGCGCAUAACUGUCCCAGAGGGGAAUGUGGUCACGCUCUCCUUCCGCAUUUUUGACCUGGAGGCUGACUCACAGUGUCGCUACGACUAUCUGGAUGUCUACAACGGCAAUUCCAAUUUGGUGCAGAAACUGGGUCGCUUUUGUGGAACUUUCCGUCCCGGCAAUCUCAUUUCCACCACAAACACCAUGAUGCUGGAGAUGGUGACUGACGGAGAGACGCAUAGUAGGGGAUUUGUGGCCUAUUUCAGCGGGACCAAACCCUAUGUAGAUGACCAACAGUUCUGUGGGGGGAAGAUAACAAAAGCCCAGGGUGAGAUCAUGACGCCCAACUGGCCUGACAAGAAAUACCCAGCGGGAGUGAGCUGCUCCUGGCUAAUCACUGUGGAGCCUGAUAAGGUGAUCCAGGUGAAUUUUGAUAAGUUUGUGUUGGAGGCUGACACUUAUUGUCGGUUUGACUACGUGGCAUUCUUUAAUGGUGGAGAGAGAGAUGAUUCACGCCUCAUUGGAAAAUACUGUGGCGACCAGGCUCCAGAACCUAUUGUUACAACUGGCAACGUGCUGCUGGUCCAGUUUGUGUCUGACCUCAGUGUGACGUCUGAUGGAUUCCUCGCCCACUACACCAGCGCCCCUCGCGGCUCUCAGUUUCCAAGGGUCAGCUCUGGAGCCGGUACGAGAUCAGUCCCAUCAAAACCUGCAGUCAAACCCGCUGCGCCUAAACGUCCACCCACCACUACACAGGCGCCCAUGACCACCACCACCAAAAACGUGCCACCUCCUCCUAAGCCGACCAGCAAAGUCAAGGUCAAUGGAAACCGCAGACAGGGGUCCACAAACCAGAACAGGACGCCACAUGUAGCAACUCCAAGCGGAAGGAGGCCUGUCCCUCAAAAUCCACUGUGCGCCAAGGCCUGUAAAAAAGAAGGAACCAUCAAGUCCAGUUUCUGUGCAAGUGAAUUUGUGCUAACGGGGAAGGUGUCCUCCUUCAGCCCUGGUCCCAGAGGCACUCUCCACAUUGGCAUCUCCCUCAUUAAGACCUACAAGGCAGGCCGGCUAACCAUCACACAGGUUGGAGAGACCAUGUCGGUGAAGCUGGUGUCACAGUGCAAGAAGUGCCCAUUGCUCCGCAGAGGCGCCAACUACAUAAUCAUGGGUCAAGUGGAUGAAGACGGACGUGGUACCCUCGAGCCCGGUGCAUUCACAGCUCCAUACAAAGCCCAACACCAAAGGUUAUUAAUGAAUAUCAACAACCAACCCUGUUAACCUCACACAUUUGUCCAAGCCAAGGAAUUCAGAGCACAUAGCAACCUCCAAAAAUCCACACAUUGUAAUGUGAAUCACUGAUUAAUGUCACAAAAACAUAACUUCAUUUUUAUACCGCAUCUUAGAGGAUUACAAACACAUUGAUUUAUUCAAACACCGGCCAAACCUUAUGUUUGUAAUUUAUAUAUGAAUAAAGGUUAUAUAUCUCUUUAAAA